AUGUCUCGCGGAACCGAUGAGCUGGCAGCAGCUCUCAGCGCUCGCUGCGGUCCCCGCGCGUCAGAGCCGCAGAGGGUGUGCCAGGCAGCCCCGCCGCUGCAGCUGCAGCAGCUGGGCCAUGUUGCAUUUUCCUCGCCUCUCUGCCCUCCUCCUCCUCCGGGCAAGCGGCGUCGUUUGGGCAGCAGCGCCAGCGGCAAUUCGCCUCAGAUCACCUGA